UUUGACUCAAAUUGCAAGUAAUCUCUUGAACUAUUUGCAACUUUUGGAACGAUCAAUCACUUUCGCCCGCGAAAAUAUUCCAAAUUUUGAAACCAUUUCUAAUAUCCAAAUUAGCGAAAUGAUUAAACAUCUUCAAGAAAUUUAUUCAAAAAGCCAACUACUGUCUACCGAUGAAGAAGAACCAUUAAAUCAAUUAAAGUUUAAUAAACAAACCAUUAUCUUGUCAAAUGAUACUGUGUUGUGUAUUAUCAGCUUUCCUAUUGUAAAACCUAUUCGAUUCAAAUUAAACAAAAUCCAUCCCUUAAUAAAAGAAAAUACUAUCCUUUUAAUACCCUCUGUUUUUAUGCUCAAAUAUGAAACCCUUAUCCUAUGGUAUAGCAAUUGUGCUGUCGUGGAUAAAAACCAAUAUUACUGUUCUAAUCAAGUUAAGACAAAUGUCACAGAAUUGUCCAUGUCUCCCACCAUCUACAUUCAAAAUUAUGAAGAAAUCCAGGCGUUACGGAACGGAACCCUGCUUAUGACCACGACUAACCAUUGGAUCAUUAAUAACAAACAAUAUGGCUGCGGCUCCUACCUAAUUAAUUAUGACAAAAUAACAAUCAUAAAUCAACAAUUAUUCGAAAAAGAAACUACAUCAAUAAGAAAAGAAGAAGUCCAGCUUGGAAUGGUUACCCUACAAACUCCAAAGGAAGGGCUUCUCAAACUCAGCAACUAUCCCCAAGACCAUCGAGAAAUAGCAACACUGCUGCAAAAGAUCGAGAAAACUCCGGCCCAUCUACAGCAGUUGACCUUCGCUUCACACGCUGCCAUCACUACCCUCUCGUUCGUGAUAUUGACCACCCUAAUCGCUACCUUGUGUCUGAAGGGAAAGAUAAAGUCUGUUCUGCUCAAGAGGAACCGACACCGAGCCAAUGAAGAACAUGGUAGAGAACUUACAUCCAGCGACCUUUGCCCCUACCUAUGAAUUAUACCACCGGUCAUGACACAUCUAAUUAGUAUAUAAGCUCAUAAUUUUCUCAUUCAUUCAACAGUCUACUUUAUAGGUCAAACCUGUGCUAGUUGUUCAUUUGCCAUCAUUUUGUGUAAUAGUUAAGAUAAUAUAAAGUGUAAUCCAGGUUCUUGAAAACCGAUCCAAAUAAAUGUGUUAAA